GAUGCAUGCAAACUCUCGGCCUCUCUCCGGCGUUAACAACUCUAAUUCGCAAUAAACUUGUUAAAUACACAAUAAAUUACGUGCAAAUGAGUAGAAAACACAUGUCAAAGUAAAUCGACAUCCGUAUAUAAAAUACAUAUAUAAUCAAAACAGCUGGUCAUUGGCAGCAGCACCGUAAACCAAACAAAAACAAGAAUAUCAACAAGAAAACUACAGCUCGAUAACGGAUAAUCUGCCGAGACUUCAUCUUCUUCUUCAUCUCCGACGUCGUCAAUUAUCGUUUGAGUCUUUGUGUCUGGUUUGGUUUUCUUUGCACUUUCGAGUAAAAAUGUGCUUGGAACUUUGACGACAUCAAAAACAGGCAGCAAGAACUUUGCCCUGUCCUUGCCCCACCCAAAUAGCAAAUUUGCUGUGCGGUGAAAGUUGUUUUUUCGUUUUACGUCGACUUGAGAUCUCAAUUGAAAAUGGAACGUUGGCUUCCAGUAUUUGACGGUGAGGAGGAUGCAAUGGCAGCGCCCUUGGUUAGCCCAGUUGCCGAUGCAGACGCAACGAAAAGGAUCUAUGGCGACAUUAGCGCCAAUCGCUUGUGGACAUUUCGAGUGCUGAUGAAUGAAGAGCUGACUGGUGGCGAGCAGCUGGCAAUUGUCGGCAGCUGCGAGGCGCUGGGCAGCUGGAAGCACAGCGGAGCAGCGCUAAUGAGUCGCGAGGAAGAGCAGGACGAAGAUGAUGGGGAUGAGGAGGGUGCUCACAUUUGGACUGCUCAGGUAUAUAUACCCAUGCACUGUGCGACUGAGUAUCGCUAUAUGGUUUGUGCUGUGGAUACCGUCACGGAGCAGCUGCUGGUGCGCCGCUGGGAGGUGCAACUGCAACCCAGGAGCAUUGCCGAGCUGGAUGAGCAGCCCGUGCAGUGCCAAGACACAUUCGGUUGUGUGCAGGGCAAGCGAAAAGUCGAUCGUGGCUGGCUGACCAAAGAGGCACUGGUGCAGCUUAAGUUCUUUUAUGCCCCAUUCACUUGGAAGCAGCGCAUGAAGCGUCGUUUGGUGUACGUCAAGGUGACACCGAUGAAUCUACGUAUACCCAGCGCCAGCUGUGCCGAUCUUGCGCCUGUUUCAACGCUCGAGGAUUCCCUAUCGAAUGAUACUCAUGACACCCGUGAAAAUGGCGGCGAUACGGCCUUUGGUUUUAACGAGGUGGUCACCUUAAGCGCUGAGGAGUGCGAGGUGCGCGCCCAGGAACAGUUUGGCUCCGCAUGCGGCACCAGCGAUUUGGUCAUCUUUCAUUUGACCGUUGGCGAUCUGGAUAAUACGGCUUAUCUAGUGGAUCUGUACAGCUAUAGCUCUAGAGUUGCCGUAGAAGAUGGACCACCCUUGCAUUUGGGCUAUCAUUAUGUGCUGCCCAACCUGUUCAAGCGCUCCGAGGGCAAUCUCGAGCUACCAAUUACCUGUGCCAAGGGUCAUCGACCUUUGGGCAUGAUGCGAGUGGGCUAUCUAAUUGUUAGACCAUCCUCCCACAGCGCACACAUGGAUAUGCGUGUGAGCUAUGCGCGUUAUUGGAACAGCAAGUGGACCGGUCUCGAUGUGGGACAUCGCGGUUCAGGCACCAGCUUUAAGGCCAAGGAUACAGUCAUCAGGGAGAACACAAUCACCUCGCUAAAGAAUGCCGCCGAUCAUGGCGCCGACAUGGUUGAGUUUGAUGUGCAACUAAGCAAGGAUCUUGUGCCGGUUGUCUAUCAUGAUUUCAUGAUAUAUGUGUCGCUGAAAAGCAAGUGUAGCAUGCAGGAGCACGACUUCCUGUCGCUACCCAUGCGGGAACUGACGCUGGAGCAGCUAAAGAAACUCAAGGUCUAUCAUACAGCCGAGGGACUGUCCCGUGAAACGCGCUCCUUUCACAACGAUGAUAUGCUCGAGCAUCAGCCAUUUCCACAACUGGCGGAUGUUCUGGAUGCGCUCGAUGUGCAUAUUGGCUUCAACAUCGAGAUUAAAUGGUCGCAGAGACUGCAGGAUGGGCGCAUGGAGGAGGAGUGUGAGCAUGUGGUCGAUCGCAAUCUCUAUCUCGAUUGCAUUCUGGAUGUGGUGCUGCGCAAGGCGGGCAACCGGCGCAUUGUGUUCAGCUGCUUCGAUCCGGACAUAUGCACCAUGCUGCGCUAUAAACAGAAUCGUUAUCCUGUCAUGUUUUUGACGAUCGGUCGGAGUACGAAAUACACACAGUAUAUGGAUCCGCGUGGCAAUUCAAUGGAGACGGCCGUGUGGCAUGCGGUGGCCAUGCAGCUACUAGGAAUUGUGGCACACACGGAGGAUUUGUUACGUGAUCCCAGCCAGGUUAAUCUGGCCAAGGAGCGUGGUCUCGUGCUUUUCUGCUGGGGCGAUGACAAUAACUCAAAAGAUACCAUCAAGCUGCUUAAGGAAUUGGGGCUGCAUGCCAUCAUCUAUGACAAAAUGGAUAUGCUGACCAGCAAGGCGGUUAAACAAAGUGUUUUUCUGCUGCAGGCCAAGGACAGUCAAAAGGAGAUGCUUACUUUGCAAGCUCUCGAAACGGGUCACGUUUGGCACACAUCCGCUUCGGGCAACGAGGAGCAGCAGGCCUGAAUUCUGCAUAAGUUUAGUUUCAUACGACUAUACACAAACAGGCAAAAUUAUAUUUAUUCAUUUGAGAGA